GUGCGGCCAAUGAAGAACUUCACUUUUUGGCGCGAUUUGCACCAAUGGUAAUCUGGGCUUCGGAGCCGUUUCAUCACAGUGAGUUGUGUGAGCAAUUGCUUUUUUAGCAUGCACAUACUCUUUUCGUGCACACUUUACCCAGUACGUCGCCUAGAACAGCAAAACAAGAUUUUGUCGCCAUAUGUCCCGGAAAGUAGGCGGAAGAAUGCUUGCUGACAGGUGAUUUGCCCCGCGUUCGCUAAAUACCAUCUUCUAGAUUUUGCCGGGUCAACAUGAAGCAAAAAGUGGAAAGUGACAGUGAUGUUGUCGAAAAUGAAGCUCAAAAUGGACAUUCUCUGCGCACUUGUAAUGGCUCGGAAUCUACAUCAAAUGACAGUGACAGCGGCGAGAAGGACGCGCGUUCUGAUUGUUCGAAAUCAUCAGGCGUCUCUCCCACUGAGGAGUCCGUUCGGCGCAGCAGAUUCGGAAGAGUGCGAAAACCUAACGUCAGUCCUUGCAUGGAAUACACUCCUAUAGUUCGAAGGUAUUCAUCUCACAACCGCGAAAAAAGAACACAAUCUCGCAGCCCGCCGUCACCAUCGCAUGGUCGCGAGAGACAGUCAGCAGCGAGCGAGAAAUUUAAACCUACCGAGUCUCUACAGUACCUCGUGGGGGACUUGCUUUGGUCGAAAAUAGGCCAGCAUCCCUUCUGGCCUGCUAUGGUUUCAUUUGACCCGGUGAGUGGAAUAUACACGAAGGUAAUCAGGAAUAAAUGUCGUAUCUACCAUGUUCAGUACUUCGGAGUGGCGGCUCAGCAUGGCUGGACGCUGCCGAGCCGCGUUCUACCGUUUGAAGGGCUCGACAAGUUCGUGGCGUUGGGUGAUUUGGAACGCGCACCGUAUGCCGUGCCCACUCGCAAGCGAGACGCCUGGAUGGUGGCGGUUGAGGAAGCGGUUACCGCAAUGCAAAUGACACGAACGCAACGCAAACUUGAACUUACUUUUGAAUACUACGAUCCGCCCACGAAGAAGCCGAGGACUGUACAUCCGCCCAAGGAAAACGGCAUCGUUGAGAAGGCCAAGGAAGAGCUGUGUCUCAUCUGUGAAGCAACCGGUGCCACGCUGACCUGUACAGGUCCCUGUAAACGGAGCUUCCACCUUGACUGCCUCGGCAUCACUCAACCGCCUGUGGCCUUUCUUUGUGACGAGUGCACUACUGGCACUCACUCAUGCCUUGUGUGCAAAGGCACAGAUGCCACAGAGAAGUGCUCCAUGGAACGCUGUGGCACUUUCUACCAUAUGUCCUGCCUGAAAACCGUGCCAAUACCACUCAAAGCAGACUCACUGGUCUGCCCUCGUCAUUUCUGUCUGCCCUGCUCCCAGCAAAAGCCACGGGCUAUUAGCACCAAAGGCCGACUGUUACGCUGUGCCCACUGUCCAUCAACCUUCCACUCUGGAUGCCUGCCAGCUGGCUCAAGCAUCCUGGGCUCCAGUGUCGUGGUGUGUCCACGACAUAGACCGCAGACCACAAGCUCUGCUAUCAAUGUUAACUGGUGCAUGCUGUGCUCCAAGGGUGGGCAGUUGUUGUGUUGUGAGGGCUGUCCAGCUGCCUUCCAUGAGACCUGUCUUGGCCUGCAAGCAGUACCGGAAGAAGCCUUUCUUUGCCCUGACUGCCUCAACUGGAAGCACCCAAAAUAUGGUGACAUCCUUUGGGUCAAGUUGGGCUGUUACCGCUGGUGGCCAGCCCAAGUGUUGCCACCAGCCGAUGUACCAACAAAUAUUCAGGCCCUUAAGCAUGAGGCAGUUGGAGACUUUGCCGUGCGCUUUUAUGGCUCACAUGAUUACUAUUGGACCAAUCGGCAGCGGGUUUUCCUUUUUGAGGAAGGUGACAGUGGCAGCCUGACUGCAAGCAGCAAGAGUGUGGCACGCCUUUUUGAGGCAGCCCUUGAAGAGGCAACACUGGCUUGGGAGCAGCAACGUAAGGCUCGUGAACAGUGUGAAAAGCCAGCACCUUUCCGCAUGAUCCGCACCAACCGAGUUGUGUGUCCAGUAGCAGCCAUGCCUUCUGUUGGCGUACAUAUGAAGUCCAUCUGCCUGUGCACCCCUCAGGACCCGUGCCGUGCCAAUUGCUUAAAUCGGCUUCUUUUGUAUGAAUGCUCUCGCGAUCUGUGCCCUGCAGGGGCUGAUUGUGAGAACCAGCGUUUUCAGAAGCGAACAUAUGCUCGCACCUCUUUGGUGCGGACACCGGGCCGUGGAUGGGGCCUGCAAACAAGCCAGGCACUGGCAGCAGGGGACUUUGUCAUGGAGUAUGUUGGAGAACUCAUUAAUGAAGAGGAGUGUGAGCGACGGCUGGCAGAGCUACACAUGGAAAACAACCAGAACUUCUACUUUUUGACCUUGGAGAAGGAUCGCAUCAUUGACGCGGGACCAAAAGGCAACUUGUCACGCUUUAUAAACCAUUCGUGCGAGCCCAACUGUGAGACCCAGAAGUGGACUGUCAAUGGCGAUACUCGAGUUGGCAUCUUUGCCAUCCGUGAUAUUGCUGCAGGCACAGAGCUCACCUUUAACUACAACCUGGAGUGUCGCGGCAACGAGAGGAUACCCUGUGCCUGCGGCUCCAGAAACUGCAGUGGCUACAUUGGGCUGCAGCCUAAACGACCCAUGAAAAAUGAAUGCAAGCCAAAGCACCGCAAGGGGGGGUCGUCCAAAGAAAAAGUCUGA